AUGGCGAUCAAGGCGACGACGAAGGUCGCGGUCGCCCUCCUGGCUAUCUCCGCCGUCUCCGCGAACGGCGUCGAGGCGAAGAAGGGCGGGAAGAAGGACGCUUCCAAAACCAUCCCUCGCGCGGUCGCGUCCGAUGUGAAAUACAUCGAGUGCGAGACGUGUGAGCUGUUGGUAAACGCGGCGGUGAAGGAGUACAAGACACAGUACGCCGAAGUCGGCUCGAAGAAGCUCAGGGAAACGGACGUGAUCGAGAAGAUGGAGAAGAUGUGCGACGUCGCGAGCAAGGAGGGCGACUGGAUCAUCACCAAGGACCUGCAAGAAAAGGGCUCGAAGCUUCGCUUGGUGGACAUGGGCGCCGAGAACUACGGCGAGUGCCGAACGGAGUGUAAGACGAUCGUCAAGGCCUGCGAGAAGAUCCUCGGACCGAGGGACACGGACGUCGGAGAGUACCUGUUCGUGAGCGACGGCGACGUGGACGCCAAGGCGUUUAGAAAGUGGUUGUGCGAGGAGGAGACGACCUCGUGCGCCAAGGCGCCGCCGCCGCUGCCGAAAGAUCGCCCGAAGGGUGAGGCUUUUAAAAAGCGAGACAAGAAAGACGUGGAAAUGGAGCGAUUGAUGGCUGGUAUGAAGGGAAUGCCGGGCAUGGGCGGAGCGCAAAUGUUCAGCCGAGACCAAAUGAUGGGGGGUUUCGGCGGUGGUGAUGACGAUGACGACGAUGAUGAGAAUCCAUACGGUAAAUUUGAUCCGUCCUCGCUCGGCGGUGGCGAUGAUUCACUCAAGGGUCGAGUCACCGAGAAGUUGGGUGACAUCAAGAGCGCCGCUACGUCAACGGCGAAGAACGCUUGGAACAAGGCCAAGAGCCUGUUCAGCAAGACCGCUGAGGACGCCGUUGAAGACGUGGAGUUCCCGGAAGAGGAACUCGCGAAGGAAGAGCUGUGA